UACAACCUUCUGCUACACCACAGCCAGAGAGGAGGAAACAUUCAACCCGAACCAGUGGGCUCAGUUUAGCUCCUGUAAAGAUAACUCAACACUUUCUUGACUGCAGAUAUUUUUGAUUCUGCUCUACUAAACAUGAAGAUGUAUAAUCUUUUGGCGAGAGCUCUAUUUGUCUUUUUUUUUACAGCACAGUUGUUUACAGUAGUCCGGUCCCAGGCGUGUCCACGGAGAUGCCAGUGCCCUAAGGAGCCCCCCAUGUGUCUCCCUGGGGUGCCCCUGAUCCUGGACGACUGUGCCUGCUGCCUGGUGUGUGCCCGUCAGAAAGGACAGGCCUGCUCUGAAAUGAACCCCUGUGACACACGUAAAGGGCUGCAGUGUGACUACACAGCUGACAUCCACAAGAGGACUGGUAUCUGUGCAGCUCAUGAGGGAGAUGUGUGUGUUUUGGACGGUUCUGUCUACCAGAACGGCCAGACCUUCUUCCCCAGCUGCAAGUACCAGUGUAUGUGUCGUGACGGACAGAUCGCCUGCGUGCCGCGCUGCAACGUGGAUGUGAUGCUGCCUGGGCCAGACUGCCCAAUGCCACGGAGGGUCCAGUUACCCGGAGACUGCUGCGAGACGUGGGUGUGUGAGCCCCAGGCUGAGGCCAGUGCACUGGGCGGCUUUGCCAUGGCGGCCUAUCGUCAGGAAGAGACAGUGAGCUUUGACAGUUGGGACCCCAGCCUGAACUGCAUUGAGCAGACCACAGAGUGGGGCGCCUGCUCUCGAACCUGUGGCAUGGGGGUCUCCACCAGAGUAACCAACAAGAACCGUCGUUGUGAGAUGAUGAAGCAGAGCCGGCUGUGUAUGGUGAGACCCUGUGAUGACCUGCAGGAUCAGACGCAGCUGACACAGCUUGCACCAAAGAGAGGCAGUAAGUGCCAGAGGAUGAUAAGGAGCGACAAAGCCGUCCACCUCUCCUAUAAGAACUGCACCAGUGCCCAGGCCUACAAGCCUCGUUAUUGUGGCUCCUGCACAGAUGGCCGUUGCUGUACCCCCCACAGAACCAAGACUGCCCUGGUGGAGUUCCAGUGUGCCAACGGCAAAACCACCAAGAGGCCGGUCAUGGUGAUCCUGACCUGUGCUUGCCACAGCCACUGCCCCCGUGACAAUGCUGUGUGGCAGCCAUCAGAGCUGGGAUACAGUGGUAUGAGGUUAUAGGUCAGAGAGGCCCCUUAAAAUAAUAAUUAAUUUUUAAUGAAGGGUAAAUCCAGAUUGUAGCUGAAGACUGUGUAAAUCCAGGGAUUCCUUGAGUUGGCUUCUUCCCAAACAUGAGUUGCAUUUACUCUAAAUUUUAGACUGAAAUAAGACUGUCUACAAUAUAAUAUAUACAGUACAAUAGUCCUAAAACUGCACAGUGUAUAGGCCUAUAACUUAUAACAUGCCCAAAGUGAAGUAAUUUCUGCUAAUUGUGAUCAGAAUCAUUCUUGCAUUCAUACAAUGAGAAUCUUCUUUUGAGGAUGAGAUUGUAGAGAAUAAAAUAUCUUUAUAUCUCUAUAUCUGGAGAGGGAUUUAAUUGUGUAUCAUCCUGUGAACAAAUUAGUGUCAUCUUCCCUAUUGCUAAGUAAAGCACUUAAACCUUGUGACGAAUUGAUUCUCUCCACUUCUAGAGAUCAGGUAGAGUAUACUACCAGCCAUUCACAACAGUGCUCUUACGUACUUGGAGGAGACUGUGGAGGUUUACUUUAAAAAGCCUCUAUUCACGAGGUCAAACAGCAUAAAGGUGAACAGUCACAGAGUCAUGCAAGACAUGCAGCAGUGUCAUGGCUGCAUGAAACUUCGCAACUUACUAGUUUGAUUGACACUUGGGUUAGCUAGUCAGGCAGUAUUUAGCAUUUUUUUUAAGACAAGGAACAUGAAACCCACAGUGUGUUUUGUUCAGCCUUAAUUAUCAGCACUGCCAUGGAAAUGUUCCAACUAUGGAACACAUUUUUGAAAUAACUGGGCUGUGUACUUUGACCUGGUCCCAACCAAGGGCUCAAACUAUGAAAGAGAGUUCACCGUGGUGGCUUAGUGUCAUUUCUAACAUCUGCCUAAAAUCCUACUCCUGUUGCAAAAUGCAUAAAGUCUAUGCUCUUAUCAUUAAAUGCAAAUUUAUGUUUUUAUUUUUCUUUUGGUCUAGAAAGGAUAUUAUUACUCUUUUUUUUAAAGUAGUGCACAUAAAUAACAGCUAUUUUUAUAAUGACAAAAGUUUUGUAAAUACUUGCUGUAUAGCUUGUUUGACUGAGUGUGUAUCAAAUACACAGCGUUAAUCGGUAACAAUGUAAACAUGAAUUGUAUAUAUUGGUAUGUGAUUUUUUUUUUUUAAUACUACUUGAAUUAUACGUCAAACUGCUUGUUUCUGUAUCUGUCGGAACAAUGCUACAAAAGUGUAUUUUAUGUAUCAAGGUUUGAAUCGUUUUAUUGUCAUUAAAUAAUAAAAUAUUUUUUUUAUUGAUUUUAUUGCUGGUGAUGGGAAAGGAACAUUGCAAGUACAUACAGUAUAUCAUGUUGCUGUGUGGUGCAGUCAGUUGGGCUGAUAAAAAGGGGGUGAUGAUUUGGGUGUAAAUGAGUGGUAGCUUCAGGCUGAGUUUAUUGCAUGAAGUGAAUCAAGAAGGAAGUAACUCAUAGAUAUUAAACUGAAGGGGAGGGAGAUAGGAUGACGUAGCCUUAAUGACAAGUGAAUUCUCGUGCUGUGUGACAGGUGGCUGAUCAUUGCCCUACAUCCCACUGUUAUGUUAUAAAUGUAGUUUUCAUGGAUGUGUU